AUGCGCUUUCUAUGUCUACACGGGUCGGGAACCAAUUCGCAGAUUUUUGAGACCCAGACUGCUGCCCUUCGUUAUGAGUUGGGGGAUCGCCAUACGUACGAGUUCGUGGAGGGCGCCUUACUAAGCAUAGGGGCACCCGAACUCGACGGAAUGAUUUCCUCAAAGGAUGAAUUCUUCUCGUAUAUCGAUCUAGAUAAUAAGGAGACCUUCAUAUCAAUACUUACAGAUCUCGACAAUUAUGUCUCAGAGGAAGGGCCAUUCGAUGCUGUUUUGGCUUUUUCUCAAGGAGCUAUGGUUGCAGCAACCUAUAUUGUUUGGAAAGCAAGGCAAACCCCCAAGCAACAACCGAUAGCUUCCCUCUUCAAGUGCGCCAUAUUCUUUUCUGCAUGGAAUGCGUAUGAUCCCGACCUCUUUUCACAGGGGAUACUUCGUCCUUUGACAUCAUUGACUGAUAAUGGGGCAAUUCAUAUCCCCACGGCCCAUAUAUGGGGACUAGGUGAUCCCUCUUCAACCAUGGCUUCUAAUCCACGAAAUUCCAGGAGCUAG